AUGGUGGCCCUUAAUGGGCCGGACCACAUUGAGCCUGGAGAGGGCCCGCUGCAGAAUAACAACAGGAUAAUCGAACAGGAUGGACUCAAUGACCUUUUGGAAUUUUUCUGCACGGGGGUACUUUGGACUACGCUGAUGCACCCGUUCCAUCAUGCCGUCUUCUUCCUGGGGCGCAACACCUCAUUGGGUCAUCAGAGCGAUGGAUUCUUCGCCCUCUUUCGGGGUCUCAAGGCGAGCAUCGCGGGAAAUUUUACUUCCUACCUGAUGGAGGCAGCUAUGGCGGCGAUGGGUCUGGAAACUCGCAAACUCACCCAUACGACUGGGACUUCUGUGAAGGAUGUGUCAUGGAACUUGCUAGUCAGAAGCAUCCGCUUGACCUUGAAUCUGUUCGUCACGCAGCCGUUUACUGUAGUCUUGACUCGCCAGAUCGCCCAGUUUAUAGGUUGCGAAAAUGUCUACAAAACUAUGGGCCAAACCAUCUUCAAGAUAUUCACCGAAGAAGGCGUGGCCGGUUUCUACGCCGGCUUUGUGCCCCGCCUGCUGCGCAAUAUAGGCAUCAUGGCAGUCACCACUGUCGCGACGGCUCUCUUCUUCCACUAUGGGCCGCAACACAGCACCAUUCAGGUACUCAACGAGGUAAUAGUCAAUAUUUCGUCCUCGUACGCUCUGUACCCGUUGUCAGUGGUGGGCACCUGUAUGGAUGUUCAAGGGUCCCCCUUGGCUGCUGCAAUGCCGUCUCAAAUGCCGCACUAUGAACACUGGACUAAGUGCUUCUAUGAUAUAUAUCAAGGUAGUGGAUUCUACCACCGUGGGGGCGUUCUUUUCUGGCGUACGGUGCCUGUCAAGGGGCUGCAUGACUUGAUGGGACGCCCGAAAUAA